AUGGACAGGGGCCAGGAGUGGACUGGGAAAGAGCGCCUCUCAGAGCAGGCAGCAGCCCAGGGAUCGCGCUCUGCUCCGGGUGACGCAGCCACCUACGCCUCGGUCAAGUCUCUGACAGAAAGGGAAGAGGGGGAGUGGGUGGGUCGAGGUGAGGGAACAGAGGCGUCACUUUUCACCCGGAUCCAAGGCUCCUGCCGCUGCCGCUACCGCUGCAGCUGCCUCGCCAUCCUCCAGGGGUGA